CGCGGUGGCGCGUAGGUACAGCUACUCGCUCGUCCUCGCGGCGCCGGGGCGUCGGCAUGGCGAUGGCUGCUCGUCUAGCGCUCGGCGUCUUACUCUUGUUCUUCGUCGUCGUCGUGGUGCAGGCGCAGCAGCGAGGCGGAGGCGGAGGCGGAGGCGGAGGCGGCGGCACGACGCUCCGCGGCUCCGUCGCCUGCCUCGACUGCGCCCCGGGCCACGACCUCUCCGGUGUGGUGGUCGCGGUGCGAUGCGGCGGCGGCGACGGCGCGGUCCAGCUGCGGGCGGCGCAGACCGACGAGCGCGGCGGCUUCGACGUGGCCGUGCCGGCGGACGGCGGCGGAGGCGGUCACGGACGGCGACGGUGCGCGGCCAGGGUGCUCGGCGGCGCCGAGCAGCUCUGCGCGCCGGGGAGGCUGGCCGUCGCGCCAGUCGUCGCCCCGGCGGAGCCCGGCUCGUAUGCGCUGGGGUCCCGCCUCGCCGUCCUCACGAGGUGCGGCGGCGCCGUCGCCGCGACGACGGCGGCGGCCACCGGUAGCGACCAGAGCCCCGCGCCGCCGCGGGCGCGCAGGACGCCCACGACGAGGAGGACUCAGCCGCGCCCCGGGCGCGGCACCGGCCGGCCCUACGACGGCCCGGGACUUCCGCUCAUCUACUUCUUCCCUUUCCUGCCGAUCAUCGGCAUCCCCUGAACGAACUCAAGUCCUGAACGAUUGUUGCUGCUCCUCUUCGAGUUUGCAGCAAUCUUUAAUUAAUUACUACUCCUACUUACUAUCAGUGUCACUGUGUGAUUAUGCAUGUAAUAAACAUAUAUAAGGAAGACAAUAAUGGAAGAUGGCACGAGUUCCAGAAGCUUAAGAGUUUCUUCCCGGGGAGUUUGAAAAUGUAGCGAAAGUGUGGGGGACAUGUCCCCCUUGAUCUCACUAGAACGAUGCGAUUUUGUUGCAGACAGUUUCAGGUUUUGCCUGCUCGAUCUGCAACCAGAAAACGCACGGUUGCUUGUGCGCUUCAUCGCAUCAGCUGUGCAGUUCAUCAA